GCAGCACUGGUAACACGUGGGACUGUUUUUUGUGCUCACAGUCCGGAUUAGUAGACUUCAGAUGAUGGCCAAAGUUUGAUUUGUAGAGAUAAAGAGCAAACGGAUCAGCCAUGAGGGACAGACUGAGCCACCUGCAGGAAGUCUCCGGCGGCCCUGUGGAGCCAGUGGAGAAUGCAGACUCCACUCUCUCCAAGUCCCUCAGCAAAGUCGACCUGGACAACAGCCCUGCUCUGGCAGAAAUCUUUUCCCAGGCAGAAGGGAUCCAUAAAGACAUCCAGCUCAUCCGCCUGGAGGUUAAAAGGCUUCGUGAGCAGAGCUCCUGCAUGUUCCAUGGCACCUCUACUAUUAAAAGGGACUCUAUUGGAGCUGACAUAAAGAUGCGGGCUGAGAAUGUUCUAGCACGCCUGCGUGACAUGGAUGGCAUGGCGUGCAAGCUAGAAGAAAAACAUGGUGCCAAUUCUGCUGUGACGCGUAUCGCCAGAACCCAGUACGCCUGCCUCAGUAAUGGCUUUCGCGAUGCGAUGUUUGAUUACAAUGAGGCCGAGAUGAGCCACCGUGAAAGCUGCAAAGCCCAGAUCCAGAGGCAAAUGGAGAUAGUUGGGUGUGAGGUGACGGGAGAGGAGGUGGAGGAGAUGAUUGAGAAAGGUCAGUGGAACAUCUUCAGCAAUAACGUGGUGACUGAAGGCAGAACGGCACGUUCAGCUCUCUUCCAGGUUGAGAAACGUCACCAGGAGCUGCUGGACCUGGAGAGACGCAUCAAGGGCAUCCAUGAGAUAUUCCUGGACAUCGCCGUGCUGGUAGAGGAGCAGGGCAACAUGCUGGACUCCAUCCAGACCAACGUUCAGAAAACCGAUGAGGGCGUGCAGGAUGCUCUCUUCAAAAUUGGCAGGGCCAAACGCCAUGACCGCAACAACCCAUUCAAAAGAAUAUUUAAAAAGACAUAGCAGCUGAAGACACUUUUUGGUUUUUAAGCUGGCUCAGUCUCAUCAUGUGAGGGAUUUGCUAUUAAAGCUAAUUUUGACUCCUCCCACAUUCACAAAGUGUCACCACAGCGGAUGCUUGAUUUGGCAAUUUUUUUUUUUUUAAAUGUUUUGUUUUUUGUCGGAUACGCUUCCUGUUGCAGCCCCAAGGGGAUUUGUCUAAUUUGUGUCUGAUGUUUUUUGUUUUUUUUUAAACUGUGACUUUGAGAAAUAUUUUUUUCCAGUUUCAGAAAAGAGAUAAAACUCAAUAAAAUAUCUGCUGUAGCUGAAGAAAGGCUGAAUUAUUCUUCAAUUAUUUGUAGUCUGACUGAACUGUUAAACUUUGGCUGGUUUUCAGAAGCCUUUCAUCCAGACCCCUGAAAGGGAGGCAAUAAUACAGCAUUUUAACAGAGAUUUAAUUUUAUAUAGGUUAUGCAGGGAUUACACUACU